AUAAAAGCAUCAGUGGACACUUGGACACUUACGCAUUCACGUGUGCUCACUCGAGGCAGAAAGAAGCAUUCAAUUCAGCAACAAAUAACACCGGACAACAACAACGCAAUGUAUAAAACAACCACCACAUCACCACUCGCAAUCGCACUCAUCUUUGCCAUUGUACUUUGCAGCUGCCACAAUUUCGUAGAAGCGCGUCCUGAUCAAUAUGAUGCCGCUGCAGAGACGCGUAAUUUCAAGAGCGAAGUGAAAGAGGAUGGCAGCUAUCAGUAUCAGUAUGAAACGUCGAAUGGCAUUGCUGCUGGCGAAUCGGGUGUUGGCGGUUAUUAUGCAAGUGGCUCGGCCGCCUAUUAUGCGCCAGAUGGACAACUCAUUCAACUGAGCUAUACUGCCGAUGAGAAUGGCUUCCAUCCGGCUGGCGAACACUUACCAACGCCACCACCAAUUCCAGAGGCUAUUCUAAAGUCACUUGAAUACAUUCGCACGCAUCCCCAGCAGGAGGAUCGCAAAGGUGCUAGCGGACAGGCUCAACCUUCCUUUCAGUUUAAUAAGAAGUUCUAAGUCAAUUGGCGAAUAAGUUGAAAUGUGGAUCUAUGAAAGAUAUCACUUGCUGUUCGUCGCGUUUUAAUGACCAACGGUUUUUUUUUUGUGUUGAUGAUUUUUGAAAAAAAGCGCCUGUUGUAACUAUGUAUAACUUUAAGCGAAAACUUUAUAAACGUAGAUAAGUUUUCCUCAAGUAAAUCCAAGUAAUGUUUUAAAUUUCUUAAUCUUUAUUCGUUGUUGGUA